AGUUUCGUCCGAGCUCAGUAGAGUUUUGCUGUUAAGACUGCGCGAGGAGCUACAGAGAGCAGAGCGCGCGGAGCCGGGCCGCACCCGCCGAGCAGUCUUGAUACUGAUGGACAUUGUGUGGGCCAGAGGCAGGGAUGGUUGGCUAUGACCCCGAACCAGAUGGCAGGAAUAACACCAAGUUCCAGGUGGCAGUGGCUGGGUCUGUGUCUGGACUUGUCACUCGGGCGCUGAUCAGUCCCUUUGACGUCAUCAAGAUCCGUUUCCAGCUUCAGCACGAGCGCCUGUCUCGCAGUGACCCCAGCGCAAAGUACCAUGGCAUCCUCCAGGCCUCUAGGCAGAUUCUGCAGGAGGAGGGGCCGACAGCUUUCUGGAAAGGACACAUCCCAGCUCAGAUUCUCUCCAUAGGCUAUGGAGCUGUCCAAUUCUUGUCGUUUGAAAUGCUGACGGAGCUGGUCCACAGAGGCAGCGUGUACGACGCCCGGGAAUUCUCAGUGCACUUUGCGUGUGGUGGCCUGGCUGCCUGUACGGCCACCCUCACUGUGCACCCCGUGGAUGUUCUGCGCACCCGCUUUGCAGCUCAGGGCGAGCCCAAGGUCUAUAAUACGCUGCGCCACGCCGUGGGGACCAUGUAUAGGAGCGAAGGCCCCCAGGUUUUCUACAAAGGUUUGGCCCCCACCUUGAUCGCCAUCUUCCCCUAUGCCGGGCUGCAGUUCUCCUGCUACAGCUCCUUGAAGCACGUGUACAAGUGGGCCAUACCAGCCGAAGGAAAGAAAAAUGAGAACCUCCAAAACCUGCUUUGUGGCAGUGGAGCUGGUGUCAUCAGCAAGACCCUGACAUAUCCGCUGGACCUCUUCAAGAAGCGGCUCCAGGUUGGCGGGUUUGAGCACGCCAGGGCCGCCUUUGGCCAGGUGCGGCAAUACAAGGGCCUCAUGGAUUGUGCCAAGCAGGUGCUGCAAAAGGAAGGCGCCCUGGGCUUCUUCAAGGGCCUGUCCCCCAGCUUGCUGAAGGCUGCCCUCUCCACGGGCUUCAUGUUCUUCUGGUAUGAAUUCUUCUGUAAUGUCUUCCACUGCAUGAACAGGACAGCCAGCCAGCGCUGAGCGCAGGAAGGACCCCAGGUCUUCCCUGGAGGCAGCCUCCUGAAGGAAGGAAGAUUCAGUCUCCACUGAGAGAUGCCGCCUGGCCCUUCCUUGUGGGCCAGCUGCCCCGAGCGGGGUGGCAGCCUUGAACCCACCCGGCUGGGACGCCACCAGAAGGUCCAGGGCUCUCCCCAUGAGAGAAUCAGAGGGAAUGCAGGACGUGGUCUACGGUGAACCAAUGACACAGCGAGAAGGAGCAGGAAGUUGCUGUUUCUCCUCUGACCAGCCCACACUCCAAAGGAAACAGACGCCAUCCUACACCUGUCAGCCCUGUCCGCCAGGAGAACAGAACGCUCCUGGUCUGGAUGGGGCUGCUGCUUGAGUGCAGAGGGCUGCGGUAGGCCCUUUGCAGGAGUCAGGUCCCUAUACUUGGCCUGUUUUUCCCAACCUAUUUAAUAGACAUUAAAGCUAAACGCACAUUCCUUAUCUUA